AAAUUUGUCGGUACGGCGGCGGCGAGAGGUUAACUUUUGGAUAACGUGUCAGCGCUGUGGGUAGCGCUUCCACCGUCAAACUGGCAGCCAGCACCCUCACCGCGAUGAACCCCCAUUAUCAUCCCUACGGAGGUCCGGAGUUGACGUCUCCGCACCCUCCGAGUCCAGACAACAAUAAUUAUUCCGGUCAUCCCGGACCGGGCGGUCCCCACGGACAUCCUCAUAUGCACCCCAGUAAUGGACACAGCAUCGGACCACUUGGUUUUUUAUUUAAAGGACAUCCCGGUGGCCCACACGAUCAAUUCUCACAUCCGCACCAUCAGCAUCCGGCAUUCAGCAGUGCAGGUCCACCGCCCGGAGCGCCGCACCAUCCUCAUAGUCUUAAUAAUAACAAUAAUAAUAUCAAAAUAUGUGGUGGUUGUGGUGGAAAAAUCGUAGAACGUUUCCUUCUCCAUGCACUGGAUCGCUAUUGGCACAACAGUUGUUUGAAAUGCUCUUGCUGCGGGGCGAUGUUAGCGGAUAUUGGCACGUCGUGCUUUACAAAAAGCGGAAUGAUCCUUUGUAAACACGAUUAUACGAGGAUGUUCUGUUCGGGUGCAUGUUCGGCGUGUGGACAAUUGAUAGCCGCUAAUGAAAUGGUGAUGAGAUCGGGCGGUCCUUCGCAGCAGCAGCCGGGCGCACAUGUAUUUCAUAUAAAAUGUUUCACGUGUAGCAAAUGUGGUGCGAAUUUGGUGCCCGGUGAUCGUUACUAUAUGUUGGCGGGAAGCUUAGUCUGUGAACAGGAUUGGCACAAACUUCUCAAAAAUUCGGCCGCAUCGACGCCUACCGUACGUAAAGGAAAGGUUGGAAGGCCACGCAGGAGUCGUGAUUGAAACCAAUUGGAAUAUUGUACAGGUGUCUUACAAAACAAGAGGGCGAAGGACGUAUUUCCGUUAAUGUUUUCAAGCAUGUAUUGGCACUCAAAUGAGAUAUUCAGGUUUCUAAAGGACAACGAAAUCAGUUUGUGCAGUGAUAAAAUCGAACGAUGAGGAUGAACGGUGAAUUGCGGCCGAAUUCUCGCGAAAAUUUUAGUUGUUUUAAAUGUGUACAAAGUUUGUUAGAUAAUGAUAUAGUGUUACAAAAUGGACUCCAUCAAAGACAAGCUCUCCAGCGGUAUCCCGACGUGUACCGAAAUUCGAAGGCACACGCAAAUACGUUGUACAAUCAUCAUUCUGUGUUCGUUACGAAUUAUCUACAUUCUGUGUUAACUGAUUUACUUAACAAUUGUACUUAAGAAAAAGUAUUUUUUAUCCGGGCAAUUAUAAACUUACACGAGUAUUUACUAAUGGCAAUAAUUUGGAAACUGAAGAAAAGAACUAUGCAACCGACGAACAUUUUUUUUGCAAUCGUUGCUGAGACUUGUGAUUAUUGUAUAAAUUAUUGUAUUAUGGUUUAUUUCUCGUUACUAUUGUUGUUACUAGUUAAUAUUUUAAUAAUUCUCAUUAUUUGGUAAAUGUUCAUUUGUCAAAUUGCACAUGUGGUGGUUUCGAGCAUCAUACUAAGCACUUUCGCCAAGCGACAUAAUUUCUCCCUAAAAAAACUUUUCAAUGUGAAAGUUCAAACCAACUGUAUUACUGCAACCAUUAUGUCGAAUUGGUAAGAGAACUGUAUAAAUUUACAUUGUUUACUUUGUUAAACUAAAUUAUGUGCAAUAAACCAAGAGACUUGCCUAAAAACAAUCACGUCUGUAAUAAAAAUCAUCGUUACACUCACCAUCAUUUCUUCUAUACCUCUCACGUCAAUUUAAGAAUUUAAUGAUUUGCUCAAAUACUUUGUUUCAUAAUCCAGUGUGCAUUCCACAAUAAACCAUUUUAAUUUA